AUGGCCCUCCAGCCAGGCCGCGCGCUCGCCCGAGCACGCCCUCCGCCCCGAUGCCCUCCUCCCCCGCACCCCCGACGACAGCGACCAUACACCACCGACGGCGCCACCCCCCCGUCCUUCCGCAUCCCCGAGCCGCCGACCGCCGCGUCCUCGCCGCCGCGAUGGAGCCAAACCCCCGCCGGGAUGAGAGCCCCCAUCCAGCUCGACUUUGCCAAGUCGCCCCUCAACAAGGUGUGGGCCGUCAACAACUCCCCCGCCAAGCUGGACGACAUGUACAACCGGCUGCUGGGCGCGGGGGGCAGCAAGAUGCUCCCCGAGGAGCUCAAGUGGCUGGCCGUGACGCACAAGAGCUUCGACCAGGGGCGAAGGGGCUUCAACGACCGCCUGGCCUUGAUGGGCCGGUUGACGCUGGUCAUGGAGGCCACCAAGGAAAUCGUGAGCAAGGCGCCCCUGGAGGGCUCUCGGCAGACGGACGAGUUUGGCAGAAGGCCCUUUGAGCACGAGCAGCUGGCGGCGGUGGAUAAUCUGAACGUGCAGGGGCCCAAGGACGUGGCGGGCAAGGAGAAGCUGUACGGGUUUGCCAAGAACAUGGGCCUGUUGGACGUUGUGCGGUGGAAGCCCAGAUUGCCCCGGAAUCUCGAGUCGUCAGGUGUUCAGGUUGUGCUGAAUGGGGCGGUCAUGGCCAUCAUUGGCGCCGUCACGCUGCAGCACGGGUCCGUCGUCGCGUCAAAGGUGGUCAGGGAGAGGAUACUGGCGAGACUACCAAGCUAG